CUUCAACAUGUGACUGUAGUGUUGUGUAAAUUCAGUUGUGUUUGUUGUGUCUCUUCCGUAAAGAAUCUGGAUAAAAGCUCCUGCGAUUAACCGCGAUUUUAAUGCUGAAAGCUUGUUAAAGAUAUCAAGCAGAGUCAUAAGGAUUGUGGAUCUUUUCCGUAAAUCUCUCAUAAUCGCUCUAAAAUGGCGGGAGUUUCAAUCAUUCUAAAAUUUCAUCGAGUAAUUCUCGAGGAUGGGAAGCUUUUAUGAUCGCUAUGGCUGCUUUAGACAGUACAUCUGAACUUAAUAACCUCUUGGACACCUGGAGAAGAGAGGAUCAAGAGAAUCUAUCGCCUGUUGAUACACUCCAAAGGUUGGUGGUGUUUUGAUUCAUUUGCAUAGACUAGCUGGUUUUAAUACACUCGAGCUGGUGACAAAGUACGGCGAAAGAAAACAUACAUGCAUGUGUCAGGAAAGAUCAGAUUUUCCCCUGAUGUUUUUUUGUGUAUAUAUUAUUGUCUUCCUUAUUUACAGUCGUCGUAUUGUGCUAUCCAUAGAAGUUACGAGAUAAAUUUAAGUCAAAAUACCAAGCAAAAAAAACUUAAUUGACAAAAUUCUAACAUUUCACAUAACUGUUAACAUCUAAAGUGGAACCCAUUCAUUAAUAUUAGGGAGCCUUAGCAACGACGACGGUGACGGCAGCGAGGACGUCAAAAAAGCAAUAGGCUUAUUACACAAAACAACAAGUUUGCAUGUGCAUCACGUUUUUUGUACAUUUCUUUACUGUCCUUGCAACUACGACGUGAAAAUGCCUAAUAGCAAGUUUUAUGGAGGAUGUAAACAAGCGACGACGAAUCUCUUUUUCUCUCUCUAAACUUGAGUGCAGUCCUCUAGAAAUCAAUUCCAGGGAAAUUUGCCUACACUUGCCAUUUUCAACAAACUGGAAUAAACGCGACAAAGUUUGAACAAACGGAAAUUCAUUUGAAAACUGACGUUUUCGCUGCAGUUGCCAUCGUCGAUGCUAAAGCUCCCUAUUGUCAGGCAGUAACAGUUACGUCUGACAUUAGGCUUCAUAAAACUGGUCCUGUGAAAGGGACAACUGUUAUAAUUACAUGUAAUUGGACCCAGAGGUUUGGGAGAUGUAGCUGGAGGUUGCAGGGAAAAUUCUCACAAUUAAUUGAAAUGUAUGAAGUACUGGGAACCAAUCACUCCUGCUGUGUUCCAGUCUUGCUGAAUUCUGGGAUAGUGGGAAUGGGUUCAAAUGAACUGGUGCACUAAUACUUACUUAAGAAAAGAGCCAACAUUUUGUGACACCACCACUGCUUUUGGCGAAAUAAUGCAUGACGAAAGAGUGCAGACAUUCCAUGCUUCUGACACAUCACUACCCAGAUCUGGUUAGUGCUUCUGAUUGGUUGAAAAUUUGCUUCAUUCAAUCAGAAGCACUGGGGUAGUGAUACAUCAUCAGUAUGGAAUUUCUGCACUGUUCCUCAGACUUCAAUUCUUAUGGACACCAGUGGCGGCUUCACGAAAAUGUCAGUUGGCUUUUUUUCUCAGGCUAUGUUGAUACUAGAUAAGAAUUUACAAAAUUUGGUGUCUUCGACACUGUUUAGGAUUGCAGAGUUGGUGGAACGUGAGAAUGAGGCUUACCAUAAGCUAGACCCAGACCCUUUUGAUGACAGGCAUCCAGGUAAUAUAUAUGUUGCAGCUAAUUUUUUUACUUCAGUUAAUUUUUGUUUUUCCUUUGUUUUAAAUUCAUUAGCGUACAGUACCAUACCCAAAACAGUGGACAAAUAAAAAUUAACUGAAAUAAAAAAUUAACUACAACAUAAUUAUACCCAUUCAAUGUAAUGAUGGCAUGUUUUCUGUUGUGGUUUGGGUAUAUGUGACAGCUUGACAACCAGCUGGGCCAUAUGUAUUACUAAUAUUAAUCCUGCCAACAGCCAAUGAAUAUCUUUUUAACCAUGUUGAGUUCCAUUUAAAUUAUUUUUGUUUGUGGUAGUCUUGAGUUCAAAUCCUUGACCAUACAUGUAAAACAGCCGAGUGCAGGUUCACCUCCCACCAGUUGGGAUUUUUAACCAUGUUGAGUUCCAUUUAAAUUAUUUGUUUUAUUAUCCUUGGGAAGCCCCAUAAGGGAAUAGGAUAAUUAAAGUAUUUUUUCACUAUUGCUUGAUACAAAACUUAUUGUCUGUUCUGGUUCAAUAGUUUAUUACUAAGUAUCUAAGUAUUUUUCUGUUGUUUUAAGUCAUAAUAUUUUUUGUCAUGAUACAAAAAAAUAGUUAAACCGAACAAUUGACCGUUUAUAUACUUGAGACGUUUAAGUUGUCUAGUUUCAUUUAACAUCUCAUCGUCUGGUUUAAAAAUGGAAUGUAUAAAAGUAGAGAAACAUUGAAAAAGUAGAGUUUGCUGAAAAAAGACAAAACACUGAGUCUUCCCAGUCAUUUCUGGACAGGUUGGGCAUAAAUACAUCCCAGUUUAUAACCAUUUAACUUCUGAGAUGUUAAAGUUGUCUGUUAACAGUGCACUUAACAGAAGACAUAAAUGUUGUCAGACAUUAAAUGCAACCCUGUCUUAUGUACCAUUUUUAUGCUAGAGGUAAUGGUAAUCUUUAGAUGACUUUAACAUCUUGUAUAAAAACAGCCAGUAUUAUUAAAGUUUAGUCUUGUCAUGAAUUCACUUCAAAACUUUAUGACAGUCCAAUAGAUACAAGUGCUGAUCAUCUGCAAAAUCUGUUUGUUUUAGCCGUGUUUUCAUUAUUCUACCUGUCUGUUGUCCUUUCUCUCUCAGGUAGGGCAGAUCCUGACUGUGCGUUAGGUCAUCUCCUCAAGACCUUGUUCAGGAAUGAUGAUUUCAUGGAUAAGCUUGUGAAUUCUUACAUUAUGAGUGCUAUGGAGGAGUUUGAUGUUAACUGUAUAGCAUCUAGAGUAUUGCUGAAUGCCAUGCCAGGAUUGGAGAGUGCAGCUGUGUUCCAAGACAUGGUUAGAAUGUAGUUGGGUUACCAUUUACAGUUGAAUCCAUACUAAUACACACCUCUCUGUUACUGCCACUUCUUUGGACAGUCCAUACAUUCAGUCUUGUUUUUAUCUCUCUGUGAGCGUAACACUCCUUUACAACUAUGGCCACUUAAUUGUAUCCCGGAUGCUAAAAUAAAUGCCUCACAAAGCAAGCAAAGUACCAUUGUCACACACAACUGGGAGCUAUGCCAAGCUAACCUUGCAUACUCAGACCAUGAAUAUAUGGCUGCAACCUUUAUACAUCACCUUUUUACACACAUCAAAUUAAAAACAAAAUGAUUAAAACCAGAGAGGAUAUUACAGUACGACCUAGAAAACCAUGAACACUUGAAAUAUUUCAGGAAUGUUUAUUGUGUUAUGACCAAUCACAGCAAAGAUCAGGGCACACGAACUACCCACAAAACCACAAACUAAUUAAUGUCCUUGCUUGCAGUUUAGUUUUCCUAUACCUGAUUGGUACAAUAACAUUCCAGAAAUAUUUCUGGUAUUCACGGUUUUCCCAGUUUGACUGUAAAAAUGCAUAGGCAAAAAACAGGUCAGGCAAUGGUGGAUUGUAGCAAAAACAACUGAACUCUAAAACACCAUGUGACCUGAACACCCUCCGCACCCUUGAACUCAUACUCCCAGCUGUAUCUGAGAAAAACAUUUUUCAUUCCUCAGCCUGUGGAAAACAACAGUUAAUGUACUCACUACACCUUGCUCGAGGAAUGAUUUAGUUUAUAUUUAAUGUAUUUUCCUUGCAUUACAUAAUAACAAACUAUUAAAUGAAUACAAGGAUUUUUCAAGGUAAACAUUUUCUACCACUCUCCCAACAAUUGAUGUCAUGUUACACCCCCUACCCACGAAUGUCGCUCAUGGGUACGGGUUGAGGUCGGGUUUUUCUCGUUCUGAAUUCUGCUUUCUCAGAACGGACCGCCUUAGUAAUUUUGUUACCCACAGUUACAAUAGGAUUUAAUUGUUUUUGCCUUCUGUGCCAUGUGUAAUUAUGUGUUCUGUGUAUUCUUGACCUCCCUUGUAAUUUAGUGUUAUAUACUACCAAAAGGGUUUAAUAAACUGAUUAUUCUUAUUACCUCCCUAUGAUGGUCCUCUUUCUAUAUCAGCCACAUAACUCUGCAGCCAAGGUGGCAGUCGUAGAUAGAAUCAACUGUACAUAUAUUUGAUUUUAUUUUUCACUAAGGUUAAGGUUUUUAAUUAACUGAGUUACAAUGUAUUUGUGUUAUUUGCCCGUUUGGCCACUUGGCCUAGUGGUUAGAGCACUGGACUCACAAUUCAGAGGUCCUGGGUUCAAGUCCCGCACUGAUCACUAGCUAGAUUUGUUCUUGGUUGUCCCGAGUUCAAAUUCUCAACCACGUUUGGACGUAGCCAACUUGUUUGCCUCUGGGUAGUUGGGAUUUUUAAUCCCAUUAUGUUUGGAUUGAUCUAUUUGUUUCAGGCAUUUGCUUGGCCCAAUUAGCAUUAGUACUAUAAAUACUGCCAAAGGUAAAUAACGGAAAAUUAUUUUUUUAAAUAUUUCUAUUUUUGGUAGGAAGGUAUGUUAACUAGACUGUGUAAAUGGGCAAGAGAAGGAAUGGAGCCACUCCGGUCUUAUGCUAUAGGUAAGAUACAGUUAGAAUGACAAUUAAAAAAGAACAAACAUGUUUAUUAAAAUCAAAUAACUGUUAUAUUAAAUUGGGAAUUUUUUUUUAAUAAUAAUGAAAUAUAAUGUGGGUACAAUGCACGAAGAAAGUAGUGUCUGAUAGCCCAAGAUUAAUGGAUUUUGCUAUUGAACUUUGAAAACUGUUCUUAACUUGCCCAACGGGUAAGAGAAGCUUUUUGAGGAAUUCAAAUUACAUACAUGUAAGAACCAUGAAAUCAAUCAAAAAUUUUUUGGGCUAGUUGAAGUGAAUUUUGGGCUGGUACAUGCUAGCUACAGCUUACCCAAAUGGCAAGCUGUAAAACUGUUUCCUUACUUUCUUUGCGCCUUGGGGUAAUGAGAAGAAAAGUAUUGUGGGCAAGCGAUCUGUUUAUGGCAAAUGAAAGCUAAUAUAACUUGUCAAUUAAACAACUCAGCUAUUUUAUUUUCAGCUAAGUUAAAACUUUUCCAUCAUCAGGCCUCUUAGCAUUUGCAAUGGAAAGUCAGGAUAUCGCUGCAAUCUUCAGAGAAGAAAAUUCUACCUUGGUAAGCUUCCUGCACAUGAAAUAUUUUUAAAAUAUAUAAAUAUUUGUGAGAUUUUCAGAAGCUCUUUUUUAUAGGCUGUCUUUAGUCUAGUUGAUGCCACUGCUUUUAUUAAUACCAGUUUUGUACUUCCUUAUGUCUGAAAUAAUAUUAAGAACAAUCUGUUUCACCUAAUUUUCUGGCAGUUUUUCUUUUACUUGACUGUCUGAAAGAAUAUUAAAAAGCUAAAAUUUCAAUAAUUAAAAUUUUAUUUAAAUUUUUUAGUAAUAUUAAUUAAUAAUAAAUAUUACAUGAUUAUGUAAAAGUCCUUUGCUGGGAAGAGUGUUCACCUGAGACAAUACAAACAUGUCUUUCAUUACGUAAUAAUUAGAUUUCACUUUAAAUGCAAAAUAGAACUCAUAUACAUGUUCAUAGGUACCGUGCAUGCUGCGACGAUUACACAUAUUAAAAGACUUGUCAGACCUGACACAGCCGGCAGUGACAGACUUUUCAAGCAGGAUUAUUCUGAAGGCCAAGACAAGUAAAACCAAACUGGACUUUGGAAAUAAUAUAGCCAGUAGUAAGGCCAAGAGAACCACUGUAGAUGCUGCAGGGCCUUCAACCAGCGUUCAACAGGGUAGUGAUACUGUACAGCUGUACAACGGGGAACUAGAUGAAACAACCAUCAAUGGCAUUGGAAAGGGUGGGUAUUGGUUUUAGCAACUGACUACCAUGUUUUCUCUCCCCACAACAGGGUUUUGGCCACAAAUUUAUGCUUAAGCAUCGAACUCAGCCCUUAAGCCAGCAGUUCUAAAACUAGGAUGUUCAAAAGGUUCUUUUAGUCUAUCUGAAAAUAAGCAUUGUUGUGAAAGAAAAAUAGUAAUGAGAGUUCACUUUAAUUUUUUGAUUUUUUUUUUUAACCAGGAAAGAGUUUGCAACCUGCAAAGUUUCAGUCUAUGAUAAAGCCAAGCAAGGCUAUCCGUUCCCCUAAAGGAGGGUAUCACAUUCUUCCUAUGUCCUUCUCCCUCUUCCCUCUUACUCUCGGCAUGCAACAGAGACUCAUCUUACAAUACCUGACUCCAUUGGGUGAAUAUCAGGAGGUAAGAAUGAUGGUGGAUGUGUACAUCUUUUUUUUCUUAUUAUAAAGAGGAUCUGUAGGGUUGACAUCACUACUUUGUCACUCAGCUACAGUUAAUAUUAUCAGUAGUUCUAAGUUCAACACUUAACAACAUUACAGCUAUUCCGGAUAUCAUGCGACCUGAAAAACUUUUGAGAUUUUGGGUUUUUCUCUGACAUCAAUCAAACCUUUACCAUGGCAUAAAAUCCUUGCCUGUUAAAUACUUUCAGGUUUUGAAGGAAGCAACCCCUGUUGAAUUUCUUCUGCAUGAUGAAGGCUUUUGCAAAAUCUUUGAGAUGGAGGAUUGUACCUCUCAUUGAUAUCAUUAAGAAAAUAUCCUUAAAAGUUUUUGACAUUGCAGGUUGCAUGUUAUCUGAAACAGCUGUAAUUUUGUUAAAAGCCAGCUGGUUUGCUUACUGCAAGGUACGAUUCUCUUAUUAAGAAAUUAACUUUGAGUGGUAACAUUGUCAAAAUUCCCCUCAUGUGAAGGUUGCAACAUACCGAAAACCAAAACAAUGGCAAUGAUAUCAAGAAAAGUAGUCUGUAAACAGAUGCUUCAGCCUUAAUCGAUCAUGGUUUUUGUUUGUCUGUUAUAGCUGUUACCUGCAGUGUUUGAAAACAAAGCUCUGGAUCUUGUCAUGCAUUACAUCACAUUCAAGGGUCCUGUUGAUGUUCAACUUGUCUUUGAAGCUCUUAAGGUGAGUCAAGUUUACCUUCAGUUGACUUCUGUUCCUGCAGAGAUAACUCCAAUAUCAAUACCCUUCAUAGCAGGUGUCUUUUUAAUGGAAACUCAGAGGUACAUUGAUCGCGGCCACCAUCUUAAUAGCGAAAAAAAACUAAAGGGGAGGGGCAGGGAGGACAGAGAAAAUAUUUUUCCUCCCCUCCCCCUCCUCUUUUUUAAGCCCAUAAACCUCUCCCUUGAAAUAGGUUUUUGACUUGCCCAACCCAACUCUCUGUUUGUUUCAAUGUCCAAGAUUUUAGUCCUGAAAAAAGCAUCAUGGUUUGCGCUGGAAAAUACGCCUGCUUUGCAGGCUAUAAUAUCAGGGGAUGGAUAAAGGGCAAAAUACUCUGUUUCAAAAAUAAGACUUUUCAGGCAUCUAUCAGGCACUUAUUCAUGGUUUCUCCGAUCAGACCUUCAUCUCCAGAGGUUAAAAGAAUGACAGAAGUUUCUGCAGUGUUUUGUCUGUACAUGUAGAUGCAGUACACAUUAUUUUCAGGAUGGUCAAUUUUCCAUGUUUAUCAGAGCCUCGCAUUCAUUAUAUUAUUAUUAUUAUUUUGUUCUUUUUCAGUAUCUUGCAUCUCUACUUUGCCACAAAAAAUUUGCUACUGAAUUUGUCACCCACAAUGGGGUGCAGAGAUUGCUGGAGGUGCCACGCCCGUCAGUAGCUGCCACAGGCUGUUCUAUGUGUGUAUAUUAUCUUGCUUACAAUGAAGAUGCCAUGGAGAGGGUAAAUAUCUCUGUUUCUUAUGCAGUUAGAGCGUAUCACUCCUAAAAAAUUUUAAAAAAUUGAUUUGUGUACAGACAUGAUAUUGUGAAAGGUUUGAACCCAGGAGUCAUUUCAAAAGUAGGUUGAGUUUGAUCGUCCGGGUGAACGUAGUCCUGAAUAGGACUGUUGUUGUUGACAGUGAGGACUGUUGUUGUUGACAGUGACUGACGUUUCGACAACCUGUGCGGUGGUCAUCCUCAGAGUCAAAGUGAGUUGUAUCACGUCAGUUGAUGGUAUUACACUCUGGUUAUUGAUUUGAGUGGUCAAUUACGUCGCGAUGUUAUUGGUCGUCUGUCAGUUAAGCCGUGAUGUUAUUGGCUAUGAAGACUCGUAAUCAGUAAUUAUUACUUAUUAAUGCUAAUCUAGAAUGAUACAAAAUAAGUUUGAUCUUCUUAGGUGUCCCUCCUACCUCACCCAGUAUUGAGUGACAUGGUGAAAUAUGCACUGUGGCUUCUCGAAUGCUCUCACGAUUCCGGUAGAUGUCACGCGACGCUGUUUUUCUCGCUAACAUGUUCAUUUAGAGCUGUGCUGGAACUGUUUGAUAGCAAUGAUGGUCUGAGGAAAUUAGUCAACCAGGUAAAAAAACAGUCUAGUAGCGAUUAACAGUUAUUGAGGAGCAGGGAUUGGCAGGGAUUUGCUCCUAAACCGCACGGAAACUCUUGCUACACAGGCGAGGUUUUUUAGUCUGGUGAUGACUAUUUCAAGCCACCAACGUGAAAAAAGGAAACACAGACCUUUUACCUUUACCUAGCCUUUAACUUUUAAUAUUUGUUUUUCGAAUUUUCUUGAUUUAAUGCACUAUUUUUAUUUUCAAUAAGACAUCGAUACUGCAGGUUUAACAUGGAGGCUAGUUAGCAAUGGCGAAUUACCAGUAUUACGUUGUUAUCGUGAUGCUUGUAAGUCAAAAGUCAACAAGAUACUGAAAAUUCAUUAUCUUAACGAUGAUGUUGAAAAUUUAAGAUCCUACGAAAAAUUCAAGAUCGCAACGGCAGGAUCUUGAAAACUGAAAAUCUUGCUGGCAGAAAGUCGGAAAGAGCGCUAUGAUCGAUGCAUCAAAGUCUUAGUACUUUAAAAUCUAGAAAGGGGUUUUUACGUUGGGUUUUUUUUGUUUUGGCUUGUGCUUGGAACAGAAAGUUAGGUAUCACUGCGAGCCCCUCUGGUGAGCAUCACACCAAUCUUUGGGGUUCCUGUGGUUCGGUGGGUGUCCUGUUUCAAUGUUACCACUAAGUAAUAAAGAACUGAACCUUCUUUUUCUUUUCCAUAGCUCAGUACGCUCUCAAUUCUUCGUCCAGAUGAGGCUGAGUUAUUAAGCGAUGACGAGGUAUUUGGUAAAAGGCAGACAGCCAAACAUACAUGCAUGGCUUUACGACGGUACUUUGAUGCUCAUCUUCACAUCAGAGCUGAUGCACUUAGGAGAUCAAUUGCAAGAAAUCAUGGAGGGACACCCCCUGUCCCCGUGCCAGCUUACAAGGUAACAGAUGUCACAUUUAGUCACACUUAUCUUUUUAAUUCUUAUGUUCUUUCUUUCCAGUUGUGCUCUAAAGUUGUUGGUGUUUAUUUUAUAGGCCACCUCCCUGACUCACAGUAAUACCAUGGACAACUGUCAACUGAUGUUGGAGCAUGCGCCCAGUACACUUUGCUGGGAACCUGUUGAGGUAAAAUUAAAAAGUAAAAUGUUAAACCAUCCCCUCUCUUUCUCCUUUAACUGUCAUUUGACUAAUCCAGAUUGAGACAUGUACGUUAUCCAAGGAAAAGAAAGGUGGUGGUUGGGUGGAUGGUGGAAGUCGGCAGGCGGCGUUAGUUACUGUUAUAUGAAAGCAGUUCAGUACCCAACAUCUUCGACUUCUCUUCUCACAGUGUUUUGUUUUCACUUUAGAUGAUGAACAAGCUGCAAGGAUUUACUCUGCUUCUUCAGCUUAUUUCUUUGUCGUCUGAUUGGGGAGUUACAAGUAACAGGUAACUUCUUAAAAUAUUCGCGGCUUUAGCAGUUAAUUGUAAUGAGUGUCGUAAGAAUAAGUCAAGUGAUAAUGGUUGUUUACCAUUGACAUUGGCAAACCGGUCGGCUUACGAUUUGGGUAAAUGGUAGCAACAUUCAGGACUGGUUAAUUUUUUGUCCCUGAAAUCGCCUUUACCAUUUGCACAAAUCAAGUCUAUUUACCGAUAAACGACGGCGAAAGCCAGAAGCUGAUAUCAAAGAUGGCUUUGAAGAACUGGGACACACAUUUCCGUUUGGAAAAUUCCAACCGGUAAAACAGGACUACCUUUUCAGAUGUUCCGUUGCUCCCGGAAAUUUUCCAUUGACACGACCCGUGUUUCAUUUACUCUCCAACCGGAUUUGCAUGCUGGAAAAUUUUUGUAAAUGGUAAACAAUCGUAAAUUUCUCUAGCUUAUAACGAUACGAUCUGACGGUCAAUAAACCAAUCAUAUCUUGACUUAAAGUAAACACAUGUUGCGGUCAGAAAACGCGGGAAAAACGUGUGACUUAGUGGCGGAUGGUGUGGGCUUUAAUUCCGAUUGGUUAAGAAAGUGGCGCGAGAUUUUCCAGCCAAUCACAAAGUAAAAAUGUUACCACGUAGUGGGCAUGUUAUGUGCAGGGCGAAAGUUGUACAUCUUUGUCUCCGGUUGUUUAAAAAUCUCAAGAAAAGGUCGUGCCGGUUAUCUAACUCCAAUCUCCCACUUUAUACACCAAUACCUUAUCACAAACGCUGUUCGUUUUUUUAAACGAAUACGAAGCUUGAUAGUUAAUAAAUUCUUGUUUGUUCUCUAUUUUAACUGAAGAGCUGACGCUAUCCGCCUGGCAGCGGACGUAACUCGCUUGGCCUUGGAAAUGUUGUUUGUGCUUACAGUUGGUCCCAAAGCGCAACUAGCGCUAUGUGAAGAAGUACCACUUCCUAAUGGCGAACAACAGAAGGGAAUGAGGUAAGACAAGAACGCUCUUAAACGCAGCGUUAAGUCUCGCUUGCUUGGAGAUUAGAUAAGAAAAGAGGAGACAAUCAAUCUUGUAUUCAUUGGGUGUUAAUUUUCCAGACUUAUACUCCGUUGUGCGGAGGGGAGCCUUCUAAGUGAUUCUGAAGUCCAGAAAGCCGCUCUUCAUGUCAUUUGCAACUGCGUCUGUGGACCUCCAGUGAAGGUCAGCACUUGAUACUUGUAUUAACGAUUUCUUCUUCAAUAGCAAACGUCUGCUAUACAUGUACGGUAUCUACCCCAUCCCACCACCCCACUAUCAUGGCCGCCAUUCCUUGUUUGUACCUGCCAACCACUUACAAUACUACUUAAAAUAACUGCUUUAACGCAGAAAGAUGCUUUGGCUGAAAAAAAAAAAAUAAACUUUGUGAUUUCUUAAUUAUGUAAGCUUGCAGAUUGUACAGAAAUUUUCACGUCACUCGCUUUGUGAUUUAAGCUAUUAGUACAGCGGUUAGUCUUCAGGUCGCGGACUAAAGACUAAGAAAAAAACAAUAUCGAGCACGGCUGCUUUCAAAAAAGAUGUCAAAACCACGGCAGGAUUAGCUCAGUCGGAACAGCGUGUGACUGCAGAGCGGGAGGUCGCGGGUUCGAUUCCUGGGGCCGGACCAAUACUCGGGGUCUUAAAAUAACUGAGAAAUGAAGGUACUCCCUUUGCACUGCAAGCGGCUAGACCUUCGCGUGGCUCGGAUGACCAAGUAAAAUGGUGGUCCCUUCUCAAGUUGGAGACGUAAAAAUAGUGUCCCCAAUUAGUACUUUCGUGAAAAUACAUUGACGUUCAGAUAAGGUGCUGUUUUUUUGCAUGUAGCGCUGUAUGCUGGUUCUAAUCAAUUAUUAAUUGCUGGUCUGUUACGAGGAUACAUCCUUAAAUUUCAACUAUUUAAGGCUUAAAAGAGUCAAUAGCCUUCAUAUCCAUUCGUGUCAAGUUAAAUCCUUGUUGAAUUGUUGCAGUUGAGCGGAGCUGUGGCUAAAUACCAAACCAAACACCGCGCAGUAUUCAAGAGCAGCGAUGACAUCCUUACCAAGAUGUGGGGAUGUGUGCGUUCAAGUAACGGUAUUAAAGUUCUGUUGUCCUUGUUGAUGGUAAAAACGCCACUCGUCGACGCGGACUGUAUCCGUGCACUUGCUUGUAAAGCGCUCUUCGGCCUGUCAAGAAGUGAGAAGAUCAAACAAGUCAUAGGAAAGCUUCAUCUUUUUAACAGUGGACAGCUACAGAGUAAGUGAACUUUGUUGAAAUUCCUCACUUUACAAACGAGGAGACUGGGCCGAGUUAACUUCUGCAAAGACACCUGGGGCUAUUCCAAGCGAAAGGGAAAAGAAUUGGCCAAUAGCUGACCGGCGCUUUCCCUAGUAACGAUCCCAUCUCGGCUCCAGUUCUCUUCUCGUUUCUAAAGUAGCGAAUGUGCGUGCGUAAAAGCGCGGGAAAAUAUGAAGGUAGUUUCAAGCGGGAAAAACCUGCCACUGGUGCUAGCGCUCAUGCAAUUUGAUGUUCUGGACCCGGAUUAGCGCUAAUCCAGGAUUAAAAAUUCAUUCCGUUUUUGUAUUUUACCUUCCUGUGUAUUGCUUAGAGUUACAUUUUGUUUUAUCAUUACUGUUUCUCGAAUUAAUGGCUCAACAGUAUUUGUAAACUCGAGUUGCAUGUUCUUAGAGAAGAAAACCUUGCUUAAAAUGUGGCUUAAUCCUGGGUUAAACUUAAUCAUCUUUCGAGGAACCGGUCCGUGUUGAAAAUUUAGCGAACCAUAGUUAAGCGAAAGAAAUAGGCGAAAGUAAACUGAAUUGUGUAUAGUCGAACAUCGUUAAUAUCGCUAUAGAAAGUGUCCGUAUUAACGGGGUGUCCGUUUUAAGCCGGUUGAAUUUAGUAAAAAUAUAAGGGCUUUCUUUCCCCAGGGGCAAAGCGAACUGUACGUCAUAAUGAGGUGCAUGUUGUUUACUGGGUUUGGUAUUGUUGGUUAAGUAAAUUUUUUGGAACGGGAAAAUGCGUGUUUGUCGAUGCUAUUGUCAGAGCAAGUUUGUGGAGGAGUAAAUUGAUAGAAAUAUAUUAAACGUGUAUGGACUCCCACUGCUAAACGUGGACAACGUGUCACAUCUGCCAAGCGCAGGAAAAUUUGAAAGGGAGGGUACCCACGAAACUGGCGCAAGUUUCUGUCUAGUAAUUUAAUUCUUAACCUGAAAAAAAUCAUUUGUUCUGUUUUACCUUUUGUUAAAUUUAUAUUUAAUUUAUUAGUUAUCAUAUUCAUUUAUUACAUUUAAUUUAUAUUUUGUUAAAGUUCUUAUGAGGGAGCCAGUGAUUGAAGAUAACGCUGCAGACCAUGCGCAGUUUUGCAAAUAUGCUGCGGACCUUCUGGAGAGAGUCACUGGGAAAUCACUGGCCACUUCAUCAGCUGUACCGUCCUUGUCCAGGAUCACCAAGGUAACAUGAAGUUAACGACGAUGGUUUGUCAUCCACAGUGGCCUCCCAAACUUCUGUGAAAAAAAUGGUUUGUCAUCCAUAUAGAGUUUAUAAGCCAAACCCAGAACGAAAAAAACAACCCCGGUAAAACUGUGAUGCGCAACUUGUUUAUCUGUAUAAUCCCAAGAGCCAGGGAAAGGAAAUUUAGUUCGAGUAUAAAUUUAGUUAUUUGAUUUCGAGUUAUCGUUGUGGUUACUUCAAUGCACUGAUGGAGAAGUUGGAAAAACGCGUUCUGUUUCUGUUUAGAUUCUCCUAGUAUUUUCUGCAAUUGGUAAAGAAUAUAAUGAAGCCCAAAGCAAUUGUGGAAUUGCACGUGUUUUAGGGAUCCUACUGAAGAAUGUUUUCAUCAAAUAAGUAGGAGCAACAAUCGCCUUAACUCUAUUUCCUUCUAAUUAUUCUCUUGUAGUGAGUUAAAAAACUGUACUUUGUUUUAUUUUGCUUUAACAUCAACAUUUUUAUGUUCAAAUGCGUCAUUUUGACUUUUCAUGCGGAAUUCACUAACAGCUUUUAUUAUAAAAUACCAUGCUUCUAGAGGGAGAAAGAAAGCUCUUCUCCAGUUAGGCAGUCAUCUUUUUUUGUGUUAUUUUCAGGCCGAUGUCGUUGCACAGACGCAUAUUUCAUAUCCCUCAAAAGAACUACUUCAGCUCAUCCAUAGCCACCUUACUGCUCAAGGUUAGCCUCUUUGUUAGUACGUCAUAAACGCGACCUGUGUUAUAAUAACACCUAGCAAAGUAUUUCUUUCCAUGCUCUGUGAAUAUAGUGUUGGCUCAAGCUUUCUGUAGUUAUUAUUUCAAACGAAAUUGUCGUACACGAUGUACUGGAUUUUAUAAAAGAACUCUUUCUUACAGCGGAAGUGUGUUAUGGAACGGCUUGCCUCUGGAUGUGCGGCAAUUGACAUCCCGUAGUAUAUUUAAGGGAAAAUUGAGAGACAUAAAUUUCGAUUGACAAAUAAUUUAAUUAGCGAUAUUCUGUUUUUACACACGGCCUCCUUGAAAAGCAGGUUUUUUAUUUUCAUCUUUAUUAUUUUAGUUUUUAUCUUAGAUUUUAGAUUAGUUAGGAAGUUAGUUUUUCUAUACUUCAAUGUAAAUGUAUACCUGAAGGAAAUACCGUGUUUAAAUAAAGUUACCUUACCUUACCUUACCUUAGUUUGGUUUUAGUCGUAGACUAGCUAUGUAGUUUUACUUUCUGCGUCCGUCUAGCUUUGCGGUCUGUUAUUCUUAUCCAGGUCUUCAUGAAACAGCCCAAGUUUUGAAAAGAGAAGCGACUUUACCAGAUCUUAAGCCAGCUGCAACUCCACUAUCAACACCCACAAACAGAAAGGUAUUCAGUAUUUCAAGAUUUAAUUUGUAAUGUAUAUUUGUAUUUCAACCGGUGAUCUCUGGCAGAGGCAAUCGACUCACACCCCCUUUAGGGGGGAGUAACAAUACUUCUUUGUGUUUAUCGCUACCUUAUUGGCUCGUUUUUCCGUCUUUAACAUUAGAGAGAAUAGGGAAUUUGAGCAACGAAGACGGCAAAAAAUUAAUAGGCUUAGAUUGGCAAAACAUCACGCAUUUUUGUACAUUUCUUAGCCGUCGUUGCACGCCUACAUCGAGAAACGCCUUUUUUUCACGUUUAGCGGAGGGCGUGACCACAAGAGAACAAUUUUCUGGCAUGUAACAUUUUGUAUUUAGAGUCACUUUGGCUUCCUCGUUAGUUUUUGAUUUUGGUGCAGAACCGCUUAAAUCAUGGAUCAAGUGUAUUCACAGCAUCACCAUCCAUGAGCACCCCAGGGACCCCAUCCUUGUCCCGCUAUAGAUUCAGCGACCCAGGAACACCAAUGGAAAAGGUAAAAAAUAAGGAUCAAUCUUUUCUUUUUCUUCAGUAAAAAGUAUUACAUCGUAAAACCUUCACUGUGUCAGCUUUCAGUGAGGAAAUAGCAAGAUAAUUUUAGCCCAACUAACUUAUUUAUUGACGUAAUGCAAAUUGGUUUAAUUUAGCGCUCUUGAUUUUUUUUUUCAGCGUCUUUUACCGAAUAAUUCGCGAGACACGCGCCCGCCAUCACCGCCUACACUGGACUUGAUUGUGACGCGGUAUCUUCGUGAGCAGCAUGCUCAGUGUACCAACCCAGUGUCUGCAGGUCCACCCUUCUCUUUAAUUCGGUUAGUUGCAACUCAUCUUGUUUGGUUACCCCUGUAAACUGAUCUUACGAGCUAAUAGGUAGCCCUGCGGGCGGGCUCACUUGUGCUAAUUUGCGGAAAGUUUUGACGGCGGAGCCGCCGUCACGCGAGGAAAGGGGACACUUUCUUCCCAUCCCCCACCUCACCUCUCCCCCUGGCGGCUCCGAGCUUGCACAAGUGAGCCUUAGCAAAUAGGUACCUAUGCAUAACAUUUAUUUCUGUCGACAAGACGAGACCGCAAGCCUAACUGUUUUUUGUUGGGUGGCCUGUGCUAACUAUGCUUGACAUCCAUUCUGUCUGUUCUUCAGUUACGCCAAUUAACCUCGUUUUCUCACCGAGUCACGCGGAAAAAAAACUGAACACUUUCUUGCUUUAAUCUCAGAUUAUCCCUUAUGUAUUUAUUGUAAUUUUUAUUGUAUUUCAUUUUUUUAAAACUUUUUAUUUAUUUCCUAGACCUCACAAAUGCCCAGAACCAAAGUACAGAUAUUAUGCUCCGUCUAAUUUGACGACGCGACUGAAACGAAGAGAGGUACGUAUGCUAAAAUUGGAAACGGACAAUUGAGGACACAUGUUUUUUUUUUUUUUUCUUUUUUUUUUUGCCAAUUGAACAGUUAAGCUGUCCAAAAUUGCCGUUCACCCGGCUUGUAUAUAUUAAUGUGCACCCCGAAAAUUCACGAAUUUGUUUUUUUUUUUUUUUUUUUUUUUUUUUUUAUGUAGGUCAUACCUCGUCACGGGGGUUUCAAUGGCGCAAGGUACAAUCGGCGAUAUGUUUACGGCAGGUACGUGCAGGAUUGGGAUUGGGGUGUUUUAGCUUAACUCUUUUAAGUCCUGUGUGUGGUUGUGUGCCAAGAGUGGCCAACAUCAAUUUUCUCCGAACAAUUUCAAUACAUUAUCAAGAGAAAAAAUUCUGAGAAUUUAUAAAAGCACCACCAAAAGUCUAACUGUUUUCUGGGCAAGUGCGUUUCUCUUCGUUUUAUUCAGUCCGCUUAAUUAAUGAUGUAUCGCCAUGGUGACUUAUAAGUAUUCUUUUCUUUUCUGUUGGUGUUUUUGUUCUUUAUUUCUUUUUUCUUUCUUAACUUCUUUUGUAGGUUUAAGCCACUCAGAGCUAUUCGAGACUCAGAAGAAAACAGUCUUUUCACGUGUGCUUCAUUUGCGGUACGUUCAAGAACCAAGUACUCUGUUAUUGGCUCAGGCUUUAAUCAGACUCGAAUUACGAAAGAUAAAGACGUAAUUAGUUUUAAAGCGGUUUCUUUUAAGAUACUAGAAACGUUUGAAGAAUAUGCCCAAAGUUCUCAUAAAACCAAAGCAAUUGAACUUUUGCCAAAAGUCACGAACAAUUCCAAUUUUUGACGAAUUUUGUUUGAAUUGCUUUCGCAUCUUAAAUAUAAUUGUCAUUUACAUUUUUAGCCUGAUGGCAAGUCCGUGUUACUUGGUACCCAAAUGGGCGAGAUCAAGGAGUAUAACAUGCUCACAGGCCAGGUAACUUAAAACUGUGUGAAAUAACCUUUCCUUUGUCAUUCUUUCAUCUUCCCUAGCUCACUUUUUUCUCUCUUAUCGUUAGGAAGAAGCAACGUACCUGUGUAGUCCAGAUAGAGCCAUCUCUAUGUGUCAAUGUUCAAAGGUUAGACGAUGAUUCAUGUAAUGAUCUAUCAAACAUACAUACACCAUGUACAGGUAGCCAUUACGACACCUGAGGGAGAUCAUGAGGUUAUCCCUGAAUUAAGAUCUCUCCUUAGAGGUAACCCACCCAGCUCAGGAAAGGCCGUUGGCCACACCACUGGGGUCUAGGUCCCCUACUCUUUUCGAACAGUGGUGUGGGUUCUUUUAUGUCCCAAAAGAACCAGGUCAGUGAAAGUGCUAUGAGAUGGGACCUACGGUUUUUCGUCCAUAGUAUCCGAAAAAACUAGUAAGUCUCACCGUUUCCAGAUGUCAUUACAAAGGCAGCACUUUCCUCUCAGGUAUUUAAAGACCCUGAGUGUUGGUCCGGCCGGGGUUUGAACCCGCGACCCCCCACUCAGCAUACCAACGCUCUCCCAACCAAGCUAACUAGGUGGCAGUUGGGAGCCAGGAACAUCAUGAAGUUCCCUCUUGUAUAAUUCACGAUUAUCCUCGCACACCUUUUAACUUUGCUAGACUUGGCACAGUUUUACAGUAAUCCUCCCUCACACUGGCAGUUAUGAACUUGUCAUCUUGUUACCGAGUGUUUUGAUGUCAAUUCGUUGUUAUUCGUUUUCAGGAUCGCGAACUCCUGUUAACGUCGUCAUCAUCCGCUCUUCCUCCCUCUGCCUUAUGGACGUUCGGAGAUUUGUUCGAAAUGAAGUAAGUUCAAGACCUUAAUCCUUUAUACCUACGUAGCUUAUUUAGUCGUUCUUUUAUUGUGGUUAGAUUUCUACAACGGGUAAUUUCUGUUUUUUCGCGCCUUCUUUUACUUGAAAUUACUUUUCAAAUCGUGUUUGAAAUUGUGGUCGAUUAGUCAUCCCUUCGCCAACCCGACCUUGCCUUUCGAUUUACAGUUUUAUUUUGGUAGCUUUCAGUACCAACGUAUACAUUACUGUAUUCUAAAACUGAACACAUGAACAUCUCUCCUGGAGGUAGAAGUUUAUCAAGUAUUCAUUUAACUCAUUUGAAGCAGCUUUAGUGCGUGUGGCGCUUUUUCCUGGCCUCUGAACGACUUGUCACUUUUCAGGCCUUUUUUGGCCUCCGACAUGCCCGAUGGCAGAAACGGCUGCUUGCACUUUUAUCGAUGAUUUUAUGGGUGUCAUUGUUUUGUUUGCCUUUUGACUUUCACUUUCUUCGUAUUAAAAAUAUUGCUUGUGUACUUUUAUAAUCAGCUUUUCACUUAACUUGCUUCUUUGUUUUGUUUUUUUUUCUUUCACAUAGACAUUCAUUUAGUGAAGACACAUGGGUAAAAUUUAGUAAUUUAUCAGAGGAAAAGAUUAUUGGAACUUACGAUACCACGGCUCACGUAAGUAAAUUUUUGCAAUUUUUUUUCCCUGCGUGUUAAAGCCAAUCCUUAUUACCAGGGCUCUCUGCUACUCGUCCCCCAGAGCGAGAGAGGAACGAGGACAAGAGAACCCUGGGAACGAGGCUGGUUAAGGUCAUUUACUGUUUGUAGAAAUGGGACAUUGCGUGGGACAUUGCCAUGGAAAGGUCAAAAUGUUCAGGGAAAGUGACCUUGACAGCUGCCGAAAUGUUUAUCCCGGUUUUCGGAUUCGCAUGAUAAAACAAGCAAUCAGAAGAGUGGCCAACAUUAACACUUACUUCUCACUUAGGGGAAAAUGUUAGCUAAGGGGAGAGGUGGGUGGGCGGUUUCCCAGAGACGUAUGAUGAUCCGAAAUUUGUUACGUACACGUCACAAUACAGGAUUACGGGGCAUAAGCGCGAAACGUCAGCUUUUGAAACUUUUUAUGUUGGCAAGUUCAUUUUAUCAACUCAAAGGAUAAACUUAAUUUGUGUUUCACACCCUCACCAAUACAGCAGCACAGUUUCUUUUCGUAAUUCGAGUGUGACUGCGUUUGCUCAAGGGUGUAACAUAUGCUAGGGGCCCCUUCCCUAAAAAAAAACACGGUGAGUCUUUGUCCCUGAAUUUUUUUUUCUUUUUGAGGGGAGGGUGCAGCUGUACACAAGCUUCUAGGUCAGCCGCAGACAAAAAAUAAUAAAAAAAGGUCUCUCUCACUGAACGGAAAUUUAGAGGUUACGUCUGAAUCUCCUUAGCCCUGUGGCGCAGUUUAAUAUUAAUAUCUACAUACAAAUUCUCCAGAUUAAUCUUCAUACAUUUCCUUAAAAAAUUAGUUGAGAGAAUUUGUUUAAAGGUCAAAGCAUUUCUCUUUGGUGAUAAUUUCAGUAAUUAUAAUAACCAUUUUGCUUAAUUAUCGAUUUAUAUUGUCAGGAAAAAAUUGAUGUUGGUCACUCGGGUUGAAAAGUUUCUCCCUUUUUUUCUUUCCUCAGAUAUACGAUACAUCAACUGGCCGCAGAAUCCUAACUCUAAGCGAUCCGAACAACUGUAACAACUAUUCCAAAAAUCUCGCCUCCUUUAACCCCACUGAUGACCUGGUACUCAAUGACGGAGUAUUAUGGGAUGUCAAGGGAAAACGAGUUAUACACAAGUUUGACAAGUUUAACAACUUUGUCAGUGGCGUGUUUCAUCCCUCGGGACUGGAGAUUAUCAUUAAUUCAGAAAUUGUAUCCUUUCUAACUUGUUUGUUUUUAUGUUUGGUUGUUGUUUCGUUGAUACUGUCGCAAAACGAGAUGAGUCAAAACAAGCACCAGGUCAGAUUUACAGUCAAGCAGAAGACAAUUUAUUAGGGUUUCAUCUCACGUGUAAGAGGGUUAAGUAACAUUCCCCCCCCCUUCCCCCCUCAGUCAUUGGACCAUGUACCUGUACACAAAAUAAUACAUCCGAUCUUAAGCCCCACGGAAGAAAGCCCCCCUCCAAAUUUGUUUCAGUGAAUUUGAUUUAUUAUGUCGUUUUGAAGCAUAAUUAAUAACCAGUAAAUGCAUUAGCCUGUUGUUUCAAGAACUAGUGCACUUCUGGUUGGCACAUAAAUAUCAAUAGGUGACGUCAGCUAGGGUAUCGCUGUUCCUUGUUCAAAUCACGGUAACCUUCAUUUCCAAUGCUAGUGUAACAUUAGCAGAUCUUGAAGGACCUUAACUUAAAAAAACAGUGGGACCUCCGUUCCUUUCAUUUGCUCGACACCUGUCCAUCACUUGAUCAAUGUCACGUGAUUUUCAACAACAGUGGUGACGUCAUGUAUGGAGGUAUGUUGUCAAUAGCAACCAAAAAUGCAAAGGCACGUAACUAGAGGGUUAAGUCCCAGGUUGAGCUCUUGUGUCAAAGCCCAUGAAAUUUGUCUUUCUUGACUCGACCUCAUGUAGUCACCUUACUUCCCAGGCUCCCUCGCUUCCCUGUUAAGUAGAGGGAAGUUAAGAUUCGCCAAAUUACUUGUUUUUGACGUAUAAAAUCGCCAAAGACGCAAAAUAAUUCAUGGCAGGCGUCCCGUGGGACGCAAAGAUUGGUCGAUCGAUCUGAAGAUGUUUUUGUAGAACUGAAUAUCCUGUGCGCGUGAUUUCUGUGGCUGCUCUUGCGGCUGUUGUUUAACGAGGUAUACUUCUUUUAGUCUUUGUUGUGCGUUACGAUAGAAGGAGUUGUUUAUUCCAGUAAACUGUAAUACAGAGUUUUGGAGUCUGUCUUCAAAUUAAUUGUUUGCAUGGCCCAAAAAAUUCAGUUUAGGGCUCAUUGUUAUUUGAACUGGGACUCAAUGAUUCUGGACUGGGAUUGCCAGAAGUCACUGAAGGGUUCACUUGAAAAGUUAAUAUCGGCAUCUUUUUAUAUUGCCUCGUACAGUAAAACACCAGUCAGAUUCGGUGAUAAUACCGCUGGCCAGCCGAUUGCUCGGACCGUUCGAAUCUUCGUUUAGGACGUUUGAUGCAACAGAUUACCAGCCAAUUGGUAAGGAUCUAGAUGAUAUCUUUUAUGUGCUCACAUUGUUUUAGUUAUCUUGUUUUGUAUUCCUUUUUUAUUGAUAGAAACAGUUUAAAGUCAUCAUUUUUUCUCAUCAGCGACAAUCGAUGUCAAGAAAACGAUCUUUGACCUGUGUACAGAUGUUACUGACAGUUUCGUAGCUGUUAUUGAGGUAUGUUUCCUAAGUUGUCUUUUGAACCGUCUUGAAAAGUUGCAGUUACCUCAUAUUUUAAAAAUUUGUUGUUCCCAUUUCCUCUACCUCAUUUACUGAACUGUGUUGAGGCGUGUCGAUAAGGAGAGAGCCAUCAUAUCUGUUAUGCACCUAUCAAUGUAAAUCCCGGGGGGGGGGAGUGCGGGCAAGGGGCGGGGAUUUCAUGCCUGAGACUAUCCCCCCUGUCGGGCUUUUGAUCGUGCGAAGCGUCCCCGGGGUCGGGACUUUUGACUUUGACCGACAGAAGCCUGGUGUCAGUUCAGAAGCGGUUACCAAGUCCGUCCCUCGAGGCUUCUGAAAGUCACGCUGUCGGAGAAAGGUACGAAGUUUUCAUUUGUUUUAAUAGCCAUAAUCCGAUACUUUAAACUGUCACCUAAACAGAUAAUGUCUAUUUUGAAAAGUUUUUAUCUUCAAGUUCCCAUCUGAUUGUAAAACUCGAUUCAAAUCUAAUUCCACCAUGAAAGUCAGAGGAUUUUUUGACAUGUUGAGCAGAUGUUAUAAAGCAUUUUACGUUUCAUUAAUAUUAUAAUACUAAAUAGCACGUUCAAUCUUCCUGGAGUGAUUUUGUUGUUCAAAAUAAGAGAUGCUAGUGGAGAGAGAAAAUACUUAAUUACAGCGAGUAAUUUAACGGAGCUUACGUUAACCUUAAAUAAAAGUAGUAAGAACGUUCUUUUGAAAUAUUCUUUUAAUUCGUUUUAUGUAGUGUUAUAGUAUUGUUUGUUUAAAUUUUUUCCCACGGGGUGGGGGCUUUUUUGACACUUUUGAUUGACCUUUCGUUUCCCACCCUGGGGAAUUUGAUAAAAAAAUUUUAAAAAUUUGUCAAAUCCCCACCCCUUGCCCGCACUCCCCCCCCCCCUCCCCCACGGGGUUUACAUUGAUAGGUGCAUUAUCAACAGAAGACAGAGAGUCUGGCUUGGUCAUACCCUACAGCAUGGUGAUCUUGUCCCAUUAGUUAUUGAGGGGAGUGAAGGAUGGAGGCCCUUACUUAGCGUUCAAGAUGCGCGCUUUAGAUUGGGAACUAUAAGGAAGAUUCUGCCUUUGGGCAGAACACACGCAAGCCUUUACAGGGUUUCCUACAGAGUCUUGAAUUCUUGAAAAAGUCUUGAAAUUUGCCCAGCAAUUUUCCAGACCUGGUAAAAGUCUGAAAACUAGAGAUUAAGUCUGGAAAAAUGGUAAAAAGUCGUGAGUUUAUUUUCAUAGCUACAACAAGUGGUUUAUAAGUGAAAUUUUGUUUUUUGGUCAAAUCUUAUUCAAUCUCGCCCGUACGUUUGCAGUGCAUCGUGAAAAAAGCUUUGUUCCUUUCUUUUUCUUAAGGUCUUUAUUGAUAACCUAUUUGAUAACCUCGAGUCUGGAAAAAGAAAAUUAUUGGUUUGGAAAAAAGUCUGGAAAAAGUCUUUAAUUUUGGAUCCAAAAAACUGUACGAACCCUGUGAAAAUAAUCCACGGAAAAUCUUGAGUCUGUUUCGAAGCUUCUUUGAACACAUCAGCGUUCUUACUGUUUCUUCUUCAGAACCAGGCGGGUACGGAUGAGAGCGUGUGUCGAGUGUACGAAGUCGGAAGAAUGCGAGGGACUGAUGACGAGGAUGAGCAGGUAAGGCUAUCACAAGGGGCCUGGGUCCAGUUAUUCAAAGGCCAAUUAUUGCUAACCAAGGGUUAAAUUUUAUCCUGGGUUUCUUUUUCUUUCGUUCAAAAGCAUUUUCCGGUUGAAAAUUUUCUGUAUUCUUUUUAAAGCAUCCAAUCAUCAAAUUGUAGACAAAAAAGAAUAAAGCUGCAGUGAUUUGCUUUUUCAUAUCUGAAUUCAAAUUUCGCACUAACCCUGGGUUAUCUUAACAUUUAUUUUGAACAACCCGGCCUUGGCCACUACUCUCUAAAAUCGCUAUGGACGUUGCUUUUGUUCACUGAAUCUUGGUAAAAAAUGGCGUGGUAAUAUCCAUGUGUCCGUUUCAUUAUGCCUAUGACUACGACUUGCUGACUCUUAGGCCCUGUUUACAUGGAGUGGGGCACCCCGGUCUAGUGGGGUAGGUUUCUUUUGUUUUGUGUCCCCCAGAGCGUGAAAACAAAAGAAACCUACCCCACUAGACCGGGGUCCCCCACUCCAUGUAAACAGGGCCUUAAUUGUCUCAAGCGUGUCCUCUGAAACAAAAGAAAUUGCUAAUGAGGCAAGAUUGCAAGCGUGCUAAAGCCUGUUAAAAUAAAUUCUUUUGUUUUAAAGUGAAAGCGUGUCGUGCGCGUGCUUUCACCUUUAGAAUUAAAAUCCUGUGGAGGGUCACAUAUUAAUAUUAUCUUUACAGGAGUCAGAUGAAGGUGGUGAUGAAGAUGACGACGGAGACGAUGAUGAUGACGACGACGAUGAUGACGAUGAUGAUGACGACAUUGAAAUUGCUAUUUCGGGCGAUGACGACGAUUCUGACGACGACAGUGACACAGCGGUGUAUUAACCCUUUAUUUCCCAAGAAAAUUCCAAAUUCUAUUUGGCAAAAUACUCAAAAACACCCGCUAAUACGAACCUACUUUUUUUUAAGUCUAUUUUGAAACACUUGUGAAGGCAAAACCACAACGACAAACCACUGAGGGUCCGCCGUUUUCUUUCUUUAUUUUUUUCUAUCGCUCUUCCUGCCGUAAGGAUCAGUUUACUGUUCUUAAUUAGGUUCUUAAUUUUAAAGAAGGAGAUAAUAGAUUGUUGAUUACCAGAAAAAUAAAUAAGCAUUUUAUUUAUUCACAAUUGUAGUAUUACUACCCUAACAAAACUGAUUACCAAAUUUAUAUGUAGUUUAGAACAUUAUGUUCUUGUUAUACUUAAAUUUACGACUCAAAGUUACACUCCUUUGUUAAAUUGUUUAUCAUGAUUUAACUGUAACUCACAUAUAAGAACCUUCUUGAUCUUGCUUGGCCAAACAAGUUCUUGUAUUUUGGGGUAUUAAAGUGGCAAAUUUCUGCCAGGAGGUUCUUAAUCCAUUGGUACUUAUUAGCGGUUAGUUACUGUAGUACCACGUGAAACUACUGCUGAAGUGGUUUCAUUUCCAUUCUCACUCCACAAAACUUAAUCCACAGACUCAAUAGUUAAAACUACCUAACACAUUAAUGAUGCCAUACGAGUGGCCGCGCCAUAAGAUUUCAUCUACAGUAAGUACAGUAAGUUUUACUUAAAGUUAAACGAGCGGAGG